AUGGCAACCCUACCGACCCCAGCUCAAUUCCCCUCUCUCAAGGACACGCGCGACUUCUUGAAGGACACAUCGCAGCAAUGUAUCUGGUACCUACCAAAGCCACAGCGUCUCUGCCUAUGCAAGAUCACCAAUGAAGAUGUCUGUGAAGCCGUUGGGCUGUUGGAGAAGGUCAAGAAUCCAAGGCUCUCGGUCGAUGAGCGGUUGAACGUCCUCGAGGAGGUCGCAGAGCUCUGUUGCUGCCCCCGCCACCAUCGCAGCAAGAUCUACGGCACUAAGAUUGGUGAGAGGGUUGCGCGUAUCUGGUACGAAGAGCUGAAGCUCACGUCAACGCCGAGCCCCAGCAAGAAAGCCCAGCCUGUCGCCGUUGCCGUCCCUGUCUCGCCUCGCCGGAUGUUCGCAAGGCAUCAGGUCCACACGACCGAGUCCAUGUCCGAGCGACUCUGCUCGAAAUUGGAUCUCAACACGGGCACGAGCGGCUCAAUAUACAUGUACACGCACGAAGACAGCGUCUUCAGCGGCAUGAUCAAGAUCGGGUACACCUGCCGGUCCAUCGCGAGUCGACUCCUCGACUGGGGUGAUUGCGGGCACGGCGAGCCGACGCUGCUCGCUUCCAUAUCCAAUAUCCGGCAUCCAGAGAGGGUCGAGCUUCUGACGCACUUUGAACUGAUUGAUGUGUGGCACGAGAUGAUGUGGUGUAAAACUCACGGCCGGACGCACAUUGAGUGGUUCAAGACGGACGUGGACGAGGUUAAGGACAUCGCAACCCGCUGGAACAUUUGGAUGCAUGAGGCGAACCCCUACGACCGACGGGGGAAACUCAAGGAGGGCUGGGAGAAGUGGUGCGCGUGGCUUCUGAAGAAGGGCUAUGCCAUCAACUCGAACAACAUGCUUUGGCUUCAUGAGUGGGAAGUCGGGAAGCGCAAGAAGAUUGCUGAGGCGGAGAAGGCUGAGCGGAGAGCUGAGGGGACGAGGAGGUCAGAGGUCAAGGUUAAGAAGGAGGAGGAGGAGGAGAAUGAGCGUCCGUUGCGGUCUCUUCCUUCCCGGCGGGAGGAGACUUCUUACUCAACGCGAGCACGGAAGGUCAAGGUUGAGGAAAACCGUACGAGGAGAGUCUAA